UUGGAUCUACUCCAUCGCGACUGCGUUACAGCACAGCUGUCAGACAGCUUCUCCUGGGCCCGUGCGCGGCGCGCUCGCACUCGCACUCGCACUCGCAGUCCCAGUCACGCGCGCAGCUCGCGGAGACGAGACGACGAGUCUACGAGCGUUUAACGGUGCACGGUUACAGUAAACAGCCUGAAAGUUUGUAUGCAACAGGCCCUGUCUCAGGGAAGUUUGUUUCAUUAGAAGAAAACGAGAAAUUGUAGACAAAAGUAAAGAAGGAAGAUUUAUACAUGGGGGACGCGGCAGUGAUUCUGGAAGUUGCCUGCCGCCCUUUCAAGUCUUAUCUAAUGGCACCACCCCCACCACCACGUCCAAGGCUUUUCAUAACUUGCUUCUACUGCAGUUAGGAUAGGCUCUGGAGCCCGGGGACUCUGAACUGGAUCCAGCAGGUCUGAAAAAACAGUAUGUUGUUAACCUCCCACACAGGGUGAUGGAUUUGUCUUUCUUGCUAGUGAUCUGUGGAGUGGUGGCUUCGGCACUGGCCACAAGCACUGAUGAUGCACAAGACAGACCCAAGAAUGAAGAUAACCCAUUUCAUUACGAUUAUGAGUCUUUGAGGAUUGGAGGACUGAUCUUUGCAGUGGUGUUGUUCCUUAUGGGUAUUGUACUAAUUCUCAGCAGAAAAUGCCGCUGCAAGUUUAAUCAACAGCAACCUACUGGGGAGCCAAGUGAAGAGGAAGGCACUCUGAGAGCAUCUAUCAGACGUAUGUCAAGCCGAAUGAGAUGAGUAUGGAGCUAUUACAGAACCUGCUUCUGAAGUUCUGACAAGAAAUUUCUCAAAAUUCUUCUCUUGCUAAGGUUGUCAGUUUGUUCUCCUGCAAUGUUCAAAGUGGAGACCACAUCUAAAUUGUAUUUUCAGCUCAUCAUUCAAUAUACAUCUUGACUGAACCAUCUUUAUGGUUAUUUUACUGUUUCCUUUAUUUACUUUUAAUCUAAUUAUGUUAUUUUAUUACUUGGAGAGUACAUCUUGAGUAU